AUGAACAGCCAAUCACCACAACAACAGACUCGUGUCCGUAAAUUUCUCAGACCGGAUGCCACCCCAUUGACACCCAAAGCUAUCGAAGAAAUCAGAAACGCACCGGAAAAUAUUCCAAAUGCAUGUCGUGUGAUGUGUAAAAAAUACCAUAUAGGUACAAAGCGAUAUGAGGAUAUAAUUAAUAAUCGAAUGCCUUCUGAACCGACUGAGGAGUGGCGUCGUAUUAUUGAAGAAGCAGAGCUUCGAGGUUCAGUUAAUAAGACUUGUGUAGCAUGGCCCUCUUUAAGGCGUGUAUAUAUUUACUCUGCAGAGCCACAUACGCAAACUCUUGAUAGUGCUGAAACUUUUACCAAGUUAGACACAAACUCAGAGGCUUUGCUGCCGUACGGCCACGAGGCUAUGGUACCACUCCCGAAGGGGCAAGUCUCUGUGGUUACACCUGACUCAUAUGAAAGAACUAAUAUGGACUCAGUGGUACCACCGCAGAGUGAGGAUUUCUCCGAAUGUAAAUCGCUUAUUCCAUUUUUAAUCCAUCCAGCCACUGAAGCGAGGGGGCUCUUGUCUUAA